AUGAUCAAGAAAGAUAAACCAGUAAAUAAUUCUAAUGAAAAUUUAUUCAAUGAUGAUGAUGAUGAUCAGAGGAUACAUAGAAAUUAUUCCUAUAAAACUAUCAAUUGUCUAGUGGAUCGACAUCAUGGAUGGUAUACCGAAAUGAUUCCUGUAGAUAAACAAUAUCAUCAUUAUAAAAAACAUCCAUGUGAUUAUAUUGUACAAACUAAUUACAUAACAAAUGAAACCAAUGAUUCAAUUAAUAAAUCAAUGAAUAAUUCAAUACAAGAUAAUGCAAUUAAUUCAACUGGAAAAUCUAAAUUAUUCUCAAUGAUUAAUUUGUCAAAUUCUAAAAUGUUAAAAUCAUGUAAAACUGAAAAAUUUCGUAUAAAUUUAAUCUUACGAUUACGUAGUAUAUGGUCACGUUCAUCAUUGAAAUCUCAACGAAUUGAAUCGAAACAUAUUCAUAUGUCUUUUAUAAAUUAUGAUCAGAAUCAUAAUCAUUAUCAUCAUCAUCAUUAUAAUCCUCGUCAUCAUCAUCAUCAUCAUCGUCAUCAUCAUCAGAAGCAAAAGCAGUAUCAUCAUCAACAAAAUUGUCCAUGUCAAUCUCAAUCUACUCAAUCUACUCAUGAUUCAUUGAAUAAUCCAUUAAAAGUAGAAAGAUUAAGUACAAGACAAAUGAUUGACUAUUCAAAUCAAUCUAAUGAUAAUAUACAAAUAUUAUUAUCUCGGAAAUAUCAUUCUGAGAGUUGUUUAUUUCAUCCUUAUAAUAUGCAUAAUUAUAUACAUAAAUGUUCACAUAUUCAUUAUCAUUAUGAUUAUAAUUCAUGUUCAAAAUCAAUUCAUAAUCAAAUAAGGAAUGAUCAUAAUAAACUUUCAUGUCAAUUAUCUAACAUAAAAUUACAAUCAUCAUAUAUUAAACAUUCUUUAACAACCGGUAAUAUAUGUUGUUUAUAUACAUUGAAUUGUGUACCAUCACUUGAAUGUAUAACUCAACCAAUAUCAUCAACAACAUCAGAUUUAAUGUCAUUGUCAGCAUCAUCAUCAUCAUCAACAUCAGCAUCAGCAUCAGCAUCGUCAUCAUUAUCAUAUCGACAACAUCAAUUCAAUCAAACAGAUUAUAAAUGUUCCAAUUUACCAAGUACAUCAAUUAUGUUAAAUACAAGAAAUAAAUGGAAAUUAAUAUCACCAUUUGAAAAACUUAAAUAUCAUCCAUUCUAUAAAGAUACACAUUGUCAUUUAGGUAAAUGGAUACAACAAACAUUAACAAGUAAUGAGAUGGAUAAUAAAGAUCAAGAUAAUAAUGAUAAUAAUAAUAAUAAUAAUAAUAAUAAUAAUAAUAAUAAUAAUAAUAUUAAUUAUGACAAUGAAUUAGACAAUGAAACCAUGAAUAAGAAUCAUUCUAAUAAUAAUAAUAAUAAUAAUAAUAAUAAUAAUAAUAAUAAUAAUAAUAAUAAUAAUCAGUUUAUAGAUAUUACAAAUUAUUUAAAUUAUAAUAAACUAUCGGAUACUUUAAAACAUGUACAUUUUGCUGAUGAAUCCACUUAUUCAUCUUUAACAACAUUAAAUUCAUUAUCAAGAUCAUCAUCAUUAGGUUCAUGCAAUUAUACUAAUGAUUCAUCAUCCCCUAAAACAUCUUAUUCAUCAAAUCAAUCUCCUACAGAUAGUAUAAUAAUGAAUGAUAAGUAUACAAUAAACCAUUCAUUGAAACGUACUAUAUCUAGUCCUAAAAUGAAUUCAAAUAAAAAUAAAACACCAUUAGUAACAGUGAAUUUAUUUCAUGAUGAUGGAGAAUUACCAGAAUUACCUCUACGUGUAGUUGAUCGAUUGGAAACAGAAAAAAAAUGGGAACCGACAUUUCCUAAUCCUAUACAAUGUGCUAAUUUUAAUCAACGUCUUCUAGAACAAAAAGUAUGUCUAUCACAAUUUUAUUCACAAAAUUUAUAUUCAUUUAAUGUACAAGUAAAAACAAUAAGUGAUACACAACCAAAUCAUUUAGAUAUAACAAAAGAAGUGAAAUUACGUUAUACAUUAGAUAAUUGGAGAACAUAUACAGAAUCUCCAUCAUUAAUACAUAUUGAUCAAUCAAGUCACUUAGUAACUAACAGUAAUACAUAUCAAUGGAUAGAAACAAAUGAAUCUGAAAUUAUUUUAUCAACAAUUCCAUUAGAAACUAAAUUUUAUCAAUUAGAAUUUGCUGUAGUAUAUAGAGGUAAUAAUUUUGAAUAUUGGGAUAAUAAUAAUUCACAAAAUUAUGUAUGUUUUUCAAGUUCUUCAUAUUGUUGA